AUGAUAGAAUAUAAUAUUCCAGACGAUGUAAUAUUCACCAAAACGAUUAUCGAACGAGGUCAAGGUCUCAAUGCUCCUAAUGAAGGUUCAAAAUGUAAAAUAAAAGUCGAAUUUUGUCCAAAUGAUUAUUCAUUAGCAGAACAUACUUAUGUGGAUCUUCUUCCUUUGAAUGAAGAAAUCAACAUUCAACUUGGCUUCUAUUCUUCCAUUAUCAGUAAUUAUGUACACAAAAGUUUAUUUACCAUGAAACAAAAUGAAUUUUCUCGAAUAACUUUCCUAUUGCCAACAGAUUCAACUCCGAUCAAUAUCGUUGUUCAUUUAUUAUCAUUUGAACGUUCACCUGAGAUUUAUUCGCUUUCACUCGACAAUCUCUACGAAUUUGCUUUGAAACAUAAAGAAAACGCAAAUAAAUUUUUUCAAUCGAAAUCAUAUCUUCAAGCAUUCAAACUUUAUCAUCGCUCUUUAUGUUACAUAUUAAAUUUUGUCAAUGAUCAACCUUCAAGCGAAUAUUUAGAAAAAUUUAAUCAAUUAAUUCUUUCAAUUUAUUCGAAUAUGUCGGCAUGUCAACUAAUCUAUGGAAAUUAUCAAAAUGUUAUUGAAAAUUGUUCUUCCGCGUUGGAUAUUAACCCUAAUUAUGUCAAAGCACUGUAUCGUCGAGGUUCAGCAUACGAAAAUCUCAAUGAUUAUGAAUUAGCGAUGAAAGAUCUUCAAUUAGCUAAUCAAUUGGAACCGAAUGAUAAGAAAAUUGAAGAGUCACUCAAAUCGACCAAACAACGUUUGGAACAAUAUAAUAAAACAUUGGGAAAAUCAUUGAAAAACUUCUUUUAG